CCUCACCUUCUCCCCACUCACCAGUCCACAACGAACCGUCCUACCAUCAUUUUCACUGAGCUCAUUCUUAAUCUUGCUUCCUAUCAUCCCGAUUCCCGGCAAUGGCCGCCGCCGCCGCACCACCACCACAGCCCACCCCUGCUCCCACUCCGGCCACUACUUUGCCUGAAACUCCCAUCGGAAACCCCCUGUUCGUGAGAAUCCGCCUGGGCAACCCCUCCGACGUCCCUCAUCUCCACAAGCUCAUCCGGCAGAUGGCCGUCUUCGAGCGCCUCACCCACCUCUUAUCCGCCACUGAAGCCUCCCUCGCCGCCACGCUCUUUAACCACCCGCCCUUCCAGUCCUUCACUGUCUUCAUCCUCGAAGUCUCCCGCCGCCCCUUCCCGGUGCUCCCUCUGAUCACCGACCCCAUUUACCCUCCGACCACGAAGGUCGUAAAUCUGGACUUGCCCGUCGACGAUCCCGAGUGGGAGGUUUUCAGAUCUGAAGGGGAGGGCGAUGAGGCGGUGUCGGUGGCCGGGUUCGUGCUGUUCUUCCCUAACUACUCGACCUUUCUGGCGAAGCCGGGGUUCUACGUGGAGGACUUGUUCGUGAGGGAAUAUUACCGGAGGAAGGGGUUCGGGAGGAUGCUGCUGUCGGCGGUGGCGUCGCAGGCGAUGAAGAUGGCAUACGGCAGAGUGGAGUGGUGUGUGCUUGAUUGGAAUGUGAAUGCUAUUAGGUUUUACGAGGAGAUGGGUGCUCAAGUGUUGCAGGAAUGGAGGAUUUGCAGGUUAACGGGUGAGGCUCUUCAAGCUUAUGCAAAUUAGUUAGGGUUCGUCUUUUUCUCUUGCGUUUUCUUUUUCAAAUUUAAUUUUUAAAAAUAUGCUUCUGCCCUAAAAAUUGGGGAACACUAGGGUUUUUAUUGUUGUUAUUUUUGUUUUUAUUUUCGUUUUUGAGUUAUGGGCAAGCAUUGUUGGGGUGGGCAGUAGGUUUUAGGCUUCUUCAUGAUAUAAUGAGAUGAAAUGAGCUGUGUGAGGUUUAAUUGGCAUCUUAAUUGUUGUUGAUGAGAUGUUAGAGUGGCAAUGGCAAUCGAAACAUUUGUUGUUUGCA